UUGUGCUUGCGAGUGAACUCAAGAUGAACUACUCUCUCCAUUCCACUGCCCUUCACAUCCUCUAUCGCUAGCUGCUCUCUCCCUUGUCAAACCAAUAUGGCUGCCGAGCUUGGGCAUCUCGCCCGAGCAGCUGCAGCAAUUCUCUGCCUGUUGAUUUUCCAUGUUGCACUGUCUGAUUCGCUUGAUCAAGCGACGGUAUCAGGUGGAACUGGAACCUGCAUCACCGGGGAGCGGGAGGCGCUUCUGUCCUUCAAGGAAGGCCUUCUCGACCCUGCUGGCCGUCUCUCGUCAUGGCAUGGCGAAGAUUGCUGUCAGUGGGAGGGAGUCCGGUGCAGCAACAAAACAGGCCAUGUCGUAAAGCUCGAUGUCCGCAACACCUACUUGCAACAGCCCUUGUAUCAGAUCUAUGCGGAUGACUACUAUGAAGUCGACUCGUCCAAAAGCCUGAGCUUGUCAAGAGAUGAGAUGAGCCCCUCCUUGGCUGCUUUACAACAGUUGAGGUAUCUUGAUCUGAGUGGGAAUGACUUCAAUAGCACCAGCAUACCUGUGUUUGUGGGCUCUCUGGAGAACCUAAGGUACCUCAACCUCUCGGGGUCAAAUUUUGGUGGGAUAAUACCUUCCCAACUUGGUAAUCUCUCAAAUUUGCAAUAUCUUGAUAUUGGUGGUGGUAUUUCUAAUGAUGUCAUCGUAGUGGAUCUUGCAUGGUUGUCACGUCUAUCAAUGUUGAGUCAUGUUGUCUUGAGAGGAGUGGGCCUCCCUGCUGUGCGGAGUUGGUUUCACGUGGUUAACAUGCUUGCUUCUCUCAAAGUGCUCCGCUUAGUAGAUUGUGGCCUUACCAACACAGUGGCUGCUACUUCAGUAUCAAUAUCAAACCUCACACAUCUUGAAGUCCUCGAUCUAUCAUUCAACUCAUUUAACACAUCACUAGAGCACAGCUGGUUUUGGGAUCUCACAAGCCUUAAGGAACUUUACCUAUCAUCUUGCUACUGGCAUGGAUCUAUUCCUGAAAAACUGGGUAACAUGACUAACCUUCAAGUCAUGGAUUUUGCUGAAAAUGAUUUUGUGGGUUUGAUACCAAGCAACUUAGAAAAUUUGUGCAAUUUGAAAGAGUUGUAUUUCAGUGAUAGCAACGUUAAUGCGAGCAUAGGGGAGUUCAUGGAUCGAUUGCCGAGGUGCUCAUGGAGUACAAUACAAGUAUUGUCAAUGGACAGAACAAAUAUGACCGGAGAACUGCCAAUCUGGAUUGGGAACAUGACCAAACUCAGUGUUCUUUCAGCCAGUCGAAACAUGAUAACUGGUACUGUACCAUUGGGAGUUGGAUCCCUUGGUAACUUGACAUCAUUGGAUCUCAGCGGCAAUAAAAUCGGUGGUGUGCUCAGGAAGGAGCAUUUUUCUGGUUUACUGAAUUUAAAGUAUCUGGACUUGUGGGGGAAGUCGUUGCACAUGGAUAUUGAACCAAAUUGGGUUCCUCCGUUUAGACUAAAGGUCCUACACUUACAGUCAUGCUCAUUGGGUCCCCGUUUUCCGGAGUGGCUUAGAUGGCAGACCGACAUUGAUUCUCUUGCUCUUCGAGAUGCAAAGUUGGAUGACGUUAUUCCUGAUUGGUUUUGGGUGACAUUUUCCCAAGCUUCAGCUUUGGAUGCAUCAGGAAACAUGUUGUGUGGUUCAUUACCGUCAAAUCUACAGCACAUGGCAGCCAUCCGUAUUGUUCUGGAGUCAAAUAAUCUUACAGGUCUAGUUCCACGGCUAUUCCCUAUAAAUAUAACAACAUUAGAUCUCUCUUCAAACUCUUUCUCAGGGUCAUUGCCAGCAGAGCUAAAAGCACCACAAAUUUUUAUGUUGUCACUGGCAGAUAAUAAAAUUACAGGCACCAUUCCAUCAUCUAUGUGCCAAUUGACUAGUGUAGCACGGUUGGACUUGUCACGAAACAAAUUAACAGGAGAUGUUGUGCAGUGCUGGAAGGAGUCAGAUAACAGUUCUUCAGUGUCCAGAGCAAACUCUGCUGAUCAGUUUGGUUCUUGGAUGUAUAGUCUAGAUUUGAGCAACAAUGGUCUCUCAGGUGAAUUCCCUAAAUUUCUUCUGAGUGCCUCACGAUUGAUGUUCCUCGAUCUUUCAUACAAUAGGUUCUUUGGAACAUUGCCAAAGUGGUUACCAGAAAAAAUGCCAGAGUUGGAAAUCCUGAGUGUGAGAUCAAACAUGUUCAGUGGUCAUAUUCCCAAGAAUGUUACCUGCCUUGAAAAUCUUUAUUAUUUGGACAUGGCCCAUAAUAAUAUGUCAGGAAGCAUAGCAUGGUUGCUAUCAAACUUGAAAGCAAUGAGAGCCAUAUAUAAGGAUGAAACUGACUAUGUUUAUAUGGAUAGCAUGCCAGUAAUCACAAAAGGCCAAACACGUGAUUAUACCUUUGACGUCUUCAGCCUAGUGGUGAAUCUUGAUCUGUCGUGUAACAGUUUAACAGGACAUAUUCCAGAGCAGAUAAGUUUGCUCAUUGGGCUCACCAGUUUGGACUUAUCAAGUAAUCAGUUGACUAGCAAAAUCCCAAACAAGAUUGGUGAUCUGAAGCAGUUGCAGUCCCUCGACUUAUCCAACAACAAGUUUUCUGGUGAAAUCCCGUCAGGUUUGUCGGCUCUAACCUAUCUGAGCUACUUGAACUUGUCAUACAACAACUUAUCAGGCCCGAUACCAUCCGGGCCGCAGCUGCAAACUCUCGGCAACCAGAUUGAUAUCUACAUCGGCAACCCCGGUCUCUGCGGUCACCCUAUCUCCAAGAACUGCUCUACCAGUACUACUGACGCAGAGCAAAGUGUCGUCCAUGAAGAUGCAGAUCAUAUCGCGUAUCUCUACCUUGGGAUGAGCAUAGGGUUUGUGGUCGGCCUUUGGACGGUGUUUUGCACCAUGUUACUGAGGAGAACCUGGGCGAUUUCCUACUUCCAGUUUGUUGACAAGCUGUAUGACGAGGUUUACGUACGGGUGGCUAUAACUCGGUCUCGCCUGAUGAAGAAGACCCGCAAAGAUGCAGCGUCAGUGGCCUGCUUCAUGUGCAGUUGAACUGCCCAAGAGAUGUAUGUUUGGUGUGUACUACUAUAUGUACUAGUUUCUGGUGCUAUUAUUAGCUACCUGUAAAAGGUAUUUAAUGUAUUGCGACACAAUAUAUCUAUAUUUGUAUGGGUUGUAAACAGACUUUUCUGGUCUGAUUGUAAACCACAGAAAGAUGGAUGAUUUGAAUCCUGCUGAAUAGUACUAC